GACGCUCUCUCUCGAUCCCAAUUUCGUUGUACAGAAGAAAGCAAAAGAGAGAAACACCCGACCCGGAAUCUGACCCGAAAACCCGGAAGAAUCGAAGAAUGGGGAAAGAUGGUCUGAGCGACGAUCAGGUCUCAUCGAUGAAGGAAGCCUUCAUGCUAUUCGACACCGAUGGCGACGGCAAAAUCGCGCCGUCAGAGCUCGGGAUCCUCAUGCGAUCUCUCGGCGGAAACCCGACCCAAGCCCAGCUGAAAUCCAUAAUCGCAUCGGAAAACCUCUCUUCUCCGUUUGAUUUCAACAGAUUCCUCGAUCUCAUGGCAAAACACCUAAAGACGGAACCUUUCGAUCGCCAGCUUCGUGACGCAUUCAAAGUGCUCGAUAAGGAAGGUACAGGGUUCGUUGCUGUAGCGGAUCUGAGGCAUAUUCUCACCAGUAUUGGAGAGAAGCUGGAGCCUAAUGAGUUCGAUGAGUGGAUCAAGGAGGUGGAUGUUGGAUCCGAUGGGAAGAUCCGGUAUGAAGAUUUCAUAGCAAGGAUGGUCGCUAAGUGAGAUCUAUAAUCUUUGUUUUGAAAAUUUGAAACUUUUAAGAAGAGAUUCUUUGUUUUUUCACUUGUUUGUUUGAUUUCGAGCGAAUCCUAGCUAGGGUUUGUUUUAUCAUUGUGGUUUUGCUUACUAACUUUAUCUUCUUCAUGUUUGUUUUCAUUUUUCAAUGGAAAUGUUGUCUGUGUGAUUCCUCUUUAUCUUAUCUAAUCACUAAGAAUGUGAAGAUUUGUCCUUUAUGCCUUUGUAAUUCGGUGGAUUGGAUCAAGGAGUCUCAUUGAUUCACAAUGUGGUAACUUUUCGCUCUUUGGAUUGUGAAAUGUGCUUGAUUUCGAUAGCUAACAUUGAAUUGUUUUUAGUAUUUUUUUUGUUUAAGACUUGGUUUCAUGUUCUGCAUCGUAUAGUAGUCUUCUGAAUGAGAUACCAUCUUCUUGUUUCAUACCCUUAUCAUGGCACGAUUCUGUGACCACUGACCAGGACUGUGUCUUGUUGGUAUAUGAAAUGGAAAGUAAAAAGAUUUUGAAAUGAUUUUAAGAUCUUCUGUUGCUCUUAAGCUUGUGCUGUUCGAUAUCCUUGGCUCGGUGUUGUUAUGUUGCUGUUGGAUGUUGUUAUGUUGUUUGUCUUUUGGGAAGGUAUGUUGUACCUAGAUAACAUAGAAGUUCUUCAUGGUUUAAGGUAAUAAAGAUUAUGAUGGCUCAUCAGAACACUUUGAAACAGCUUAUGCCACUGACAUUGUAAUUCAUGUUCUUGAAACGGUAGUUUUUGACUUGGUUUUGGUUCUUGUUAUGGUAUAGUUCUCUUAUGUAGAUGGUAAGGCGCAAAUGAAAUUUCAGUCUGAUG